AUGGGCUCUCUCUUCCAAGAUGGCUACCCAGAUCUAUGGCCGUCCAUCCGCGCCUACUUUGACCAGGCCACGAGGACUGGCACUGGUGUCAACUAUAGUUCUGCCACCUCCACCAUCGUAGAGCGCAAGGGAUAUCGCGAAGAGGCCUUCUUUUCAGGCGGCUUCAGCCCUGUGGGCAUGCCAGGUGCACCCGAGGGCUUCAUCAACACCGUCUAUGAAGUCACAAGUCAGAAACUGGCCGAGCGGCGCACAAAUUGCUUGAACAAGCUCGCUUCAGUUCCCUGCCAGUCCGUCGACGCGGUUUGUUCCCACAUUCUCGCUACGCUCGAGACGAAUGCCUACGAUGUACCCAUGGCUAUGCUCUACAAAAUGGAGGAGAGUGCGGGAUCUAACAUGUUGAAACUGCAUGGAUACAGGGGUUUGCCAGAAGGCCACAGACUCUUAGUUGAUACAGCGACCAUUGACAGCGAGGAAGGGCUGGUGCCGGAUAUGCGCCGAGCUGGUACGGACCCCGUGGUCAUCGAUCGCGACGAGCGAUUCGCGUCUACCUGUUGGAAGGGCUGGGGCGCGCCUUCUAAGAAGAUUGUCAUCUUACCCAUCAUGUGCGGUUCGCGUCUUUUCGGCUAUCUCGUUUUCGGCACCAAUCCUUAUCGCCCACACGACGAGAUAUGCGAGCAAUUCAUCCGAGACCUGAGUCGCAUGGUCUCUAGCGUUGUAUCCCACGCAACCGACGCCGAAUCGAACAAGAGGCGUCAGGAGCAACUUGAAGCGGAUCUUGCUUUUAGCGAUCUUAAGCUACGGCAUCUUAUCGAUCAUGCGUCAGUAGGCAUGUGCCAUGUUUCUCUGGAUGGAUACAUGCUCUGGGCGAACGACCACUACUAUCAAUUAGCUGGGAGGUCCCCCUCAGAUCAUUCAGUUGACCUCGCUUUCCUCGAUGCGUUUCACGACGACGACCGCGCCAAAGCAGAAGAGAUGUGGGAACGUCUGCUAAAGGGCGCGGACCACAUCACGGCCGAUCUACGCUUGAAGCGACUAUACACGCCUCCCACAGGCGAGCCUGAGCCCGCGCAGCUCCAGGUUCUUGCCUUUCCAUACCGCGAUGAACAUGGCAAUGUGGCGAGUGUAAUGGCUUGCACCACAGACAUUAGUCGACUGUGCUGGGCGCAGAAAUUCCAAGCUCGAUUAGCCGCCGAGGCCAGAGAAGCGAAACGACAACAGGAAGCCUUUAUUGAUGUGGUAUCGCAUGAGAUGCGGAAUCCGCUGAGUGCCAUUGUACACUGUGCAGAUGCCAUCACGAACACGGUUGAAGAAUGCCGGGCACAGCUGGCCGAUGCACCCAGGCCCGUUCUCGAUACUUUGGAUGACAACUUACAAAGCGCAAAAAUCAUCAUGCAGUGUGCGAACCACCAGAAGCGCAUCAUCGACGACGUUCUCACCCUGAGUAAACUCGACUCCAUGCUCCUAUCGAUAACGCCCGUGGCCGUCAAACCCGCAAAGCUCGUUGAUUCCAUCCUCAGCAUCUUCCAUGCUGAGCUCAAGACGAACAAGAUCACCUGUAGCGUCACACAAGACCCGUCUCUCUCGGAGCUGGAUAUCGACUACCUAUGUUUCGACCCAUCUCGAGUGACGCAAAUCUUCAUCAACCUCCUAACCAACGCCAUCAAAUUCGUCAAGCCGUCGAAAGAGCCCGCCAUCUCCAUCCGCUUCGGCGUCAGUAAAUCGCAACCACGCAGUCUCUUCCCCGACAACAUGUUCUGGGCCACAGACGGCAAGCAAGAUAGCGACGUAACCAGCAACCCGGACUGGGGCACUGGCGAAGAACUGUAUCUAACCUUUAGUGUAAAAGAUUCAGGUAUCGGCCUCCAAGAAAAAGAUAUUUACAAAAUCUUCGAACGAUUCCGUCAAGCAAACGUGAAAACACAUGUCAAAUACGGCGGCAGCGGCCUCGGCCUCUUCAUCUCCAAGGAGCUCACCGAGAAACAAGGCGGCGAAAUUGGUGUAUCCUCCAUCCUCGGCCACGGCUCCACAUUCGGCUUCUACGUAAAGACGCGACGCGUACAACGCCAGCCCAAGACGAUAAAAGAGAUGUUCCAACAAGCUGGUAAACACGAAGCUGCGGCUCGCCAACUCCACGUCCUACUUGUCGAAGACAACAUUAUCAAUCAACAGGUCUUAGGCCGCCAGCUCAGAAAAGCCGGCUGUCACGUCUCCGUCGCAAACCAUGGGCUGGAAGCUCUCGACGCCCUAGAACGCCAACGCUUCGACAUCGUACUCAUGGAUCUAGAGAUGCCUGUCCUAGACGGCCUGGGCGCUAUGCGUCGGAUCCGCCAGAGAGAAGCUGUAUUGCACACGUCUACGGUUCGUUUGCCUAUCAUCGCCGUUACGGCGAAUGUACGCAAGGAACAGAUUGAUACCGCUAUUGCAGCUGGUGCAGACCGCGUCAUGCAAAAACCAUUCAAAGCCGCAGAUCUAGUCUACAUGAUGAAAUCCCUCAUGCCGCAAUUAGAACAACCCCUCCGUAUCGAUCCGCCCACGCCAGGCGUGGAAAUGCAUUCCAGCGCCUUAAUCCCCUGA